CUCUAUCUGAACCACACUGAGACUAAGUUUGCAGUCUGCUGUGGAACCGCCUGUUCCUCAGUGAUCCUGCUAAACUGCAGUAGCUGCUUAAUGCUGGACAUGCGCGGAUGGGCUAGAAAAAUGGCGGCCAGUGCCAAUGAGAGCAGAGAAAAGCGCUGUGAUUUCCGAGACUAAACGGUGCUUUAGCAGGGGUAUUUCUGGACUGAUCCAUUGUCCUAUUGAUUGAAGUGCCUGAUGUCAUCAUGGGCAGAUCACCUCAGAAAGACCAAAAAGAUGGCAAAAGGGAGAAGGCAGGGAGUAGCAAUGAUGCAGCAGCACCCCCGCAGACUGCUUGCGAUGAGCCAUUCAACUGGGAUGCUUAUUUAAAAGAGACCUCCUCCAUACCAGCGUCCCCCAGCUGCUUUAGACAGUCCAGGGUUCCUCCCACUAAUGAUUUCAAAGCUGGUAUGAAAGUUGAGGCACAUGACCCACGGAACCCCACCUCCAUGUGCAUCGCCACUGUAAUGGGUACGAUGGGAAUGCGACUGCGUCUGCGAUUGGACGGCAGCGACAGUACAAAUGACUUCUGGCGAUUGGUUGACUCCUCUGACAUUCAGCCUGUGGGCACAUGCGAGAGAGGCGGGGACAUGCUGCAGCCGCCACUCGGUUUCAGAAUGAAUGCCUCCUCUUGGCCCAUGUUCCUGUUAAGAACAUUAAGUGGAGCUGAGGUAGCCCCGGCCUCUGCCUUUAAAAAGGAGCCGCCGAGGCCCUUGCACAACCACUUUAAACCAGGCAUGAAGCUGGAAGCAGUGGAUAAGAAGAACCCCUACCUCAUUUGCCCUGCCACCAUUGGUGAUGUGCGCGGACAGGAAAUCUUUGUAAUGUUCGAUGGUUGGCGAGGAGCCUUUGACUACUGGUGCGAAUAUGACUCCAGAGACAUCUUCCCCGUAGGCUGGUGCCAGCUGACCAACCACCCCCUGCAGCCCCCUGGCAACAGCUUCACUCUUCCUAAGAGUCUGAUUCCUGCUCUUUGCUCGUCCGGAUCGUCCCGCCGCUCCAUGCAGUCUUCAUACAGGCUGCCGCACCCGCUGCCCCCGCUCCCUGUGCGGAAGGGUGUGAGGGGCCGGCGGCCUAAGAGCCAGACCAUCGCCAUGCUAAAGGCUGCGGCUGAAGCAGCUGCCGCCGCCUCGCAGAACGGCCAGACGCAGAGCAGUGUGAUGAAGAGCCCGGACCUCACACAGCUAGAGCCAAGGCCACACAAAAAGAGAGGACCCAAACCUGGCAGCAAGAGGAAACCCAAAAUUCUUCAGUCUCUCCCCAGCUCGUCUCUGUCUUCCUCCCUGUCUGUUUCUGAUGGCAGGCUGUCCAGUCUACAGAUGACCAAAGACUCUGGAGUUCUGUCAACAGUGUGCGUCUAUGUGAAUAAACAUGGUGACUGCGGCCCACAUCUGGACCGUAAGCUGAUGCUGCAGCUGCCUGAUCAUUUCGGGCCGGGCCCGGUCAACACGGUUCUGCAGCACGCUGUGCAGGCGUGUGUGGACUGUGCCUACCAGCCCAAAGCUCUCUUCAGCUUCCUCCAGUCACAGUCUGACGGUGGAGAGAUCAUCCGAGUUCGCUCAGAUGGAGGGAUUCACUAUGUUAAGUUGCCUCGUGCCUCCAGUGCUUCAUUUGUGCUGAGAUUCCUGGAGACUUUGUGCCAUCACCUGCAGUGUGAAAACAUGUUCAGCAGCCAGCCUUUCAGUCCACUCACUGCUAACAAACACAACGCCUACGACAGGGGCAAGUCAGUAAAGGAAGAGACAUCAGAGGCCUUAUCUAUAGCACGGAGCAGCAGGCGUUUCAACAGAGACUCCUCCACUUACAGUACCCCGAUGUCCCCCAACCCACAGAGAGCGGACACACACUCUUCAGAAGCAGAAACUCUCCCCCACGCUGAAAAUGGUGUUGCUACAGACCAGCACUUCGCUGAGGAGCCCAUGGACACCAGCUCUGUAGCAUCUCGGCCUCCUGCCCAGCGGAGCACGUCCGAGUACCGCGGUACGGCCAGCAGCAGCCCGCACUACACCUCCCAGCCUCCCCCUCUCCGCCGCAUCACCUCCAACCCGGCCGAGCUGGCCACCACACGCACACACAGACGAGUGGAAGCUGCCAGCUCUACUACAGGUCCCGAUCACCAGAUGACAGAACGAGAGGCGUCCAAUAGAAGCCCAUCCUCCUGGAGCAUAGAGGAAGUGAUGCAAUUUGUGCGUGAUGCUGACCCUCAGGCACUAGCUCCUCAUGCAGAGCUCUUCAGGAAGCACGAGAUCGAUGGCAAAGCUUUGAUGCUGUUGCGGAGUGACAUGAUAAUGAAGUACAUGGGGCUGAAGUUGGGCCCCGCCCUCAAACUGUGCCAUCACAUCGAGAAGCUGAAACAGGGAAAACAGUAGCUGGCUCCUCCUGAGCCCAGCACAUACAUACAGACUCCAGCAGGGGGCGACAGAGUGCACCAAGUCCUCUUGGAGUCAGAGUUGGAGAAGGACACAGAAGACACACGGAAUUGAUUUGGAUGGAGUUGGCGUAGACUUGCACAUGCUGGCCAAGUAAACACCAAAAUUAAGAGGUUCCACAAGCCGCAUAAACGUCGCUCAUUGAUGUGUGGAUGAUAUAAAGCAAGCACCAACAAUCAGAGGCCACGAUCUUUUACAUUGACCAGACUUUUGUGCUUGUUUCAAAUUGGGUCUAGCAGAGUGCAGAGCUCCUCAGAGAUGAGGGUGGCAAAAUGAUCUCAGUACGCUGAGAUUGUCUCAGAUGCAGAUUAGAAACCACCACUAAUGACCUCAGCACCUCCUUUUGUAAGAAGGACAAACAGGCAGCAAUUCAUAGACGACAAGCUGAAUCCCAAAGGGUUUCUUAGUCUAGUGUCCUUGCAUAGUGUUCUUAUACUGCCCGUAUGCACAGACAGAACCUUGCUGACUGUUAAUGAUGACUUACACUGUCCUUUUUGUUUUCCCCCUCCUACUGGGAAAGCCUGUUGCAGCUAUUGGUAAUAACCCAUUAUAUGCUGUUCAGUAGGGUCCACUUUAUAACUUUACAAUUGUAAAAUUUUGUGUAGCUUUAGUACAACCAGACAAACUUGACAAAAUCUUUGUACACACCAUAAACCAAAAAACUUAUAAAAGGCAGCUCUCCACUUGGAGCUUCUUUCAGAUCACUCAUACAGUACUGCGCAGAAGUCUAAGACACCUGAGAAAAUUAGAUUUAAUAAGCUAUUUAUUUGGGAAGUUUGUGUUUAUUUGCUCAGAAUAACAGUAUUAGAAUAAUUACAAAGAAUAUUAAUACAAAAUAUGAAUAUGUUUGUACCAUUUCAAACCUCUCCUUGAUGGAGCCCAGUAUUAUUUGAGGUUGUCAUCCUCCAGUACCUGAUUCAUUAAAUUAGAUCAGGUGUUGAAUUCAACAAACCUACGCAAUGGCUGUUCUUCAGUUUAUUACAGGUUUUUUUUAAAGCAAGAAAUUCUUGUUACUGCAUAUAUGUUUGUUUGCAUUUAUUCUAUUGUAAUAUAGUGUUAUACAAACAAGAACAGUUAUUGUGCAGAUAAAUGGUUUAAAAUCAUUUGCUUAGUUGCCCAAAACUUUUGCACAGUACUGUAGAUUUUAUAAAACACAGUAUGACUACCUAUACACAGCACAUAUAGUCAGUGUUGCCUACAGCAAACUGAAACACUUGCUAUUAUUUAUUGCUAAAGACUGUAAUUCACUCAGGAUGAGGAUUGGUAUUUUUUGCUUUUCAUUUAUAAGCCACUUAAAUCAUGCCAUCGUCAUCUACACAUCAUGAAAGGAAUGACCUGCCUAUACAAUUCUGUUACAAUUCAUAUGUUUCAAUACAUAUUACAUCAUGCCAUAUAGGCCAAAGUAAAGGAAUUAUGUGAUUUAGAUUUAGACCCUUUAGAUUACCGGCACUGAACACUCCUCUGUUGAUCCACUGGACUAGCUGUAUUAAGGAUUCUUUCUAUUAAAACUGUCAUUUGGAAUUGCCAGAAUGGUCUGGUUAGUUGGCUAGCUCUCUGAAUGGAAAAUACACACAUUGUGCAUUUUGGAUGGUGGUGGUUUGAUUUGAAAACUUCUUCAGUUGCCAUAAAAACUGCCUGGAAAUUCUUGAUGGGGCCUUGUAGCCCAACAUUUCCACAUGCAGUUAUAUCUGUGAACAGUCUGUCAUGUUUAAAAAACAUCACACUGGUUAUAUCUCAGAUAAAAGUUGUUCCUGUUCUGACAUUUUUGCUAUCUGAUCGUUUAUAUGUUCCACAUGUGCCAUGUUAAUAUCAUUUCAUGUUUGUGUUUUGAUGUUUGGAACAUUUAAUCAUUUAUUUAAUGUGUAGAAACCAUUCAUUUUAAAGAACAUGGUUUUCUUGUUACUACAAGAU